AUGCAAUCCAUCACCUAUUACUUCGUCUUCCCUACCGCUGCAUUUCUUCUUGCCUUUGUGAUUUUGCAUCUCAAAGGCCGUAAAUCUAUGGUCCAAAGGAUCUGUGGACUGCCGAGCCCUUCAGCUCUUUUAGGCCAUGAAUACCUCCUCAGUAACCGUCAGCACUUGGGAGACCUAGAGAUGAAAUGGUAUCAGCAAUACGGUGCCGUAUACCACACAAAGGGAUGUUUCGGGCAUGACAUUUUGUCCAUUGCUGACCCCAAAGCGUUGCAAUACAUAUUUCAUUCGUCUGGAUACCUGAUUCCCAAAAACGAGAGAUACCGGAAAAUCCUCAAUCCUGCCUUUGCAACCCAGCAGCUCCGACUCUUCCUGACUGUUUUCCAGGCGUCUGCUACGAAGCUUACAGAGCAGAUCAACCAGCGAGUCAAACAUGCCAGAGUAAUCAAUGUACUUGAAUGGACAAGCAAGGCUUCACUGGAUAUCAUAGGCAUUACAUCCUUCCGAUAUGAGUUCAACUCACUUGGCGGCGGACAAAGCGGGCUCAUGGCAGCGACUACUAAUAUUUUUGGUGACUCCUUGAUGUCGCCAACAUCACUGGAGCUUCUGUAUUCUUUGCUCUGGUGCUUACUUCCUGAGUGGUUGGUUGUUCCGCUCGAGUGGCUACCCAAUAGAGUUACCACAUCGGCUGAAUCGCUUUAGACACACUGCGAUGAAGGUAUCAAGGCCCAUCUAUGAGAAGCAACUGAAAGAGGUAGCGAACGAUGUCCGUCCGGCUGAGAAGGAUGUCGUUAAUGUUCUCGACGUAUCUCUCAUAUCUCAACUAAACAACGAUGUAAAGAAGAAGAUGACCAACAUAGAAAUUGAUUCUCAGCUGGCAUAA